ACGCACCAAGCCAAACGUGUUGGUCACAGAAAUUUUGUACAACGCUCUUUCAUUUUUUUUUGGUAUAGCUGGCAGUUCUGAAAACUAUUUGACGGAAAAAAAAUGUCACCGGAAAAUGAUGCCGCCGGCUUGAAUUUCGAGGCUACCGAGUUGACUUUGGGGUUGCCUGGAAAGUCUAAGGUAACAUCAGAUGGUGAAGCUAAGUCGGGCACCAAACGUGGAUUUCUGGAAACCGUUGAUCUAAACCUCGGUGACAAAAAGUGUGGUCAGUCCCAGACUGAUGUUCAAGAAGCCGCUAAGUCUUCUCCUGUUUCAAAGGCACAAGUGGUGGGUUGGCCGCCGGUGAGAGCGUUGAGAAAGAAUGCAAUGAAGAGUUGCAAAUAUGUGAAGGUGGCAGUCGAUGGAGCUCCAUAUUUAAGGAAAGUUGAUCUUGAGAUGUACAAUAGCUAUCAGCAGCUGCUAAGUUCCCUUGAAGACAUGUUCUCAUGUUUCACCAUAAGGAACUGUUUGAAUGAGAAGAAAAUAGUAGACCAAGUGAAUGGACUUGAGUAUGUGCCGACAUACGAGGACAAGGAUGGAGACUGGAUGUUGGUUGGAGAUGUACCAUGGCAAAUGUUUGUUGACUCAUGCAAACGCCUAAGGCUGAUGAAAAGCUCAGAGGCAAUUGGAUUAGCACCAAGGACACCUCCAAAAUGCUCAAGCACAACUUAAAAGGAGCCUUUAAUUAAAGAAGCGUCCAAGAAAGGAAUGAUAAUUGCUGUACAGAGGCUUUUGUUUUGUAUCACCUUUUUUACCAUGGAUCACAAUGGGCAGAGUUUUUGAUUAGAUGUAGGAAGUCAAAUGAAAAACUGAUAAUCAUAAUAAUAAAUAAGAGAGACAUGCCUAUAAUCUCCUGUAUGUUGCAUUCAAGUCCUAGUGCAAUUGAUGUUGUGGGCUUUUUUCUCUACAUAGUCAGGGUUAUCAUUCUUUUUC